AGACUGCUGGUUGUGAGGAUGUUGUCAACGGGGCAGAUUAGGUGGUGCUUGUGGGCUCCACUGGUGCUUCUGGCCCUCGUUUCCCAUUUCCCCUCUAAGGCACAGGGCCAAGUCCCAUCUCCGAGGAGGCUGCGUUUCAAAGUGCUGAGCCCGAGCAAACUCCUUGUUACAUGGAAGGAGCCCAAAGGAGACUUUGACAGCUAUCUAUUCCUCUACAGCAGUGCACCAGGUGGUCAGCAGAGGGAGAUCAUCAUAUCAAAAUCUGACACUAAGGUGCUGAUAACAGACUACAGCCCCGCCAAGGACUACAUCGUCAGUGUUAUCAGUGUCAGUGGCAGUGAGCAGAGCAGACCACUGAAGGGCAGACAUAAAGCUGAAAGAGGUGAGAGUGACGGAGAAGACAAGACCGAGCCGGAGAGGCUGACUGAGUCAGUUGUACCUCCUGAGGAUGCCAACGAGAUCUCUGGAGCUGAUCAGUUUGUGUGCCGCACUGAGGCCAUUGCAGACAUCGUGAUCCUGGUGGACGGCUCCUGGAGUAUCGGUCGGCUCAACUUCCGGCUGGUCCGCAUGUUCUUGGAAAAUCUGGUCAAUGCCUUUGAUGUUGGCAUUGAUAAGACAAGGAUAGGUCUGGCUCAGUACAGUGGUGACCCCAGGAUAGAGUGGCAUCUAAAUACUUUCUCAAGUAAAGAUGCUGUCAUUGAUGCCGUUAAGAACCUGCCAUACAAAGGAGGAAACACUCUAACAGGCCUUGCACUGACUUACAUCUUGGAGAACUGCUUCAAGCCUGAGUCUGGCUCAAGGACGGGUAUACCCAAGAUUGGGAUCCUCAUCACAGACGGGAAGUCCCAGGAUGAUGUCAUACCUCCGGCGGAGAGCCUGCGAAAUGCUGGUGUUGAGCUGUUUGCUAUUGGUGUUAAGAAUGCUGAUGAGAACGAGCUGCACUCCAUCGCCUCAGAGCCGGACGAAACUCACGUCUACAACGUGGCCGACUUUAACGUCAUGAGCUCCAUUGUAGAGGGUCUGACCAAGACAGUGUGUGAACAGGUGGAGCAGCAAGACAAGGACAUCAAACAGAAACACACACCAGAGCAGAUAGGGGCGCCGCUUGAGCUGGUGACAUCAGAGGUCACGGCCAGGAGCUUUAGGGUGUCAUGGAGCCCCGCCCCUGGAAACGUAGAGAAAUACAGAGUGGUGUAUUACCUUGCUCAGGGCGGAGAACCACAGGAGGCGGUGGUGGACGGCAGUGAGACUUCAGCAGUGUUAGAGCAUCUCAGCUCUCUCACUGAGUACCAGCUGGCUGUGUUUGCUGUGUACGCAAACGAGGCAAGUGAUGCUCUCAGAGGAUCAGAAACAACCCUGGCCCAUCCCACAGUGACGGGCCUCCAGCUGUUUGAUGUGACACACAGCACCAUGAAGGCGAGAUGGGACGAUGUGGAUGGAGUUUCUGGCUACAUGCUGCUGUAUGCACCGCUCACAGAUGAUGGAGCGUCGGACGAAAAGGAGAUUAGGGUGUCAGAUGCAGUGACCGAGCUGGAGCUGGAUGGUUUGCUCCCUCACACUGAAUACACCGUCACUGUGUAUGCCAUGUAUGGGGAGGAGGCCAGUGACCCUCUGACAAACCAGGAAACUACAUUACCACUGAGUCCUCCCAGCAACCUCCAGUUCUCUGACAUCACUCACAACUCCGCCCACAUCAGCUGGGACCCCGUGCCCAGGGGAGUUAAAGGUUACCGCAUCAUGUGGGUCAAGACGGACGGAUUAAUCACUGAGGAGGUGGAGGUGGGUCCAGUAAACUCCUAUGAUCUCAGCGGGUUGACGUCUCUAAUGGAGUACUCAGUGGCCAUCUUCGCCCUGUACGAUGCGGGCCAAUCAGAGCCUCUCACAGACGGAUUCACCACAACUCCAGUUCCUGGCCCUCUGGAUCUACGCUCCAGUGAUGUCGACACCGACAGCUUCCAGGUCAGCUGGGAUCACUCAGCCAAUGACAUCGUCCUCUACAGGCUGUCCUGGGCACCAUUCACAGGCGGCGACACAAAGGAGGUGGUCUUGAGUGGAAGUGAUAACAGAUACAUCCUGACCGGUCUGAGUCCGUCCACUGAGUACGAAGUUAUGUUGACGGCUGUGUUCAAAGAUGAAUCAGAGAGUGACACCGUCUCUGUGAUAGAGACCACAUUGGCCAAGACAACAACGAUUGCUACGGCAACCACAGUGGCACGUCAGGCUGUGAGAAACCUUCUGCUGAGUGACGAGACCACCCAGAGCUUAGAGGCAUCAUGGGAGCUGGAAGACCCCCAUGUGGAAAGCUACAGGGUCUCCUACGCCGACCUCAGGGGCGACCACAAAGACGAGUCUGUGGUAGUUCCUGGUGGUCAGAGGAGAGCAGUGCUUCAGCCUUUACUGUCAGACACUCAGUACAAAGUGACAGUCACACCGGUGUAUGCAGAUGGACAAGACGGCAUCAGUGUCUCUGCCCUGGGUGCAACGUUGCCCCUCUUGUCUCCUGGAAACCUACGUGUGUCGGAGGAGUGGUUCAACCGCUUCAGGGUCACCUGGGAUCCACCUCAAACUCCUACAGCGGGUUUCAAGAUCGUCUACCAGCCUAUCAAUGUUCCAGGACCUGUUUUGGAGACAACAGUGGGUGAAGAUGUGAACUCCAUGCUGCUUCUGAAUCUACAAAGUGGGACAGAGUACAGCGUUCAAGUGACAGCGUCCUACCCCACAGGACAAAGUGAACCACUGCUGGCAAAUGCCAAGACGCUGUACCUUGGUGUCUCUGGCUUGUCAACCUACCAGAUACGUCCCAACAGCCUGUGUGUCCAAUGGCAGCCUCUUCUACACGCCACAUUAUACAGAGUCUCCAUACAGUCUACACUUAAUGGUCAGAGGCAAGAAGUGAGUCUGGGCGGCGGUGCUUCCCGACAGUGCUUCUAUGACCUCACUCCCAGCAGCCAGUACCAGAUCAGCGUUCACACCCAGAUGCAGGAAAUGGAGGGACCUUCUGUCUCCAUCACUGACAUGACAAUGCCAGCGCCCACGCAAGCUCCGACUGAACCCCCCACCACAGAGCCCCCUCCCACCAUACCACCUGCUAAAGAAGUGUGUAAGGAGGCCAAGGCUGACCUGGCAUUCCUGGUCGACGGUUCCUGGUCCAUCGGAGAUGACAACUUCAUGAAGAUCACACGUUUCCUCUACAGCACUAUGGGAUCGCUGGAUCUGAUUGGUACAGAUGGAACCCAGGUUGCCAUCGCUCAGUUUAGCGACGACGCUAGGACAGAAUUCCAACUUAGUUCCCAUGGCAACAAGGAAGAGCUGCUGGAAGCAAUUCAGAAGAUCAGAUACAAGGGAGGAAACACCAAGACAGGUCGGGCCAUCAAACAUGUGAAGGAGUCUAUUUUCACCCCAGAAGCUGGAGCUAGAAGGGGCAUUCCUAAAGUCCUGGUUGUUCUCACUGACGGACGUUCACAAGAUGAUGUCAACAAAGUGUCCAAGGAGAUGCAGAUGGAUGGCUACAUCAUCUUUGCCAUUGGCUUUGCCGACGCAGACUACGGGGAGCUGGUGAAUAUUGCCAGCAAGCCCAGCGAAAGACAUGUCUUCUUUGUGGAUGAUUUGGAUGCUGUGAAGAAAAUCGAAGAGCAGCUCAUUACUUUUGUCUGUGAGGCCGCCACCGCCACGUGUCCAUCUGUUUUGAUGAGUGGUAACACGAUGGCAGGUUUCCGUAUGAUGGAGAAGUUUGGCCUAGUGGAGAAGGAGUACAGCACCAUACCUGGAGUUUCCCUGGAGCCGGGCUCAUUCAACAGCUUCCCCUGUUACAGAUUACACCGUGACGCCCUCGUGUCACAGCCCACCAAGUACCUUCACCCCGAAGGUUUACCCUCUGACUACACCAUUUCUAUGAUGCUCCGUCUACUUCCUGAGACCCCGCAGGAGCCCUUUGCAUUGUGGGAAAUUCUCAACAAGGACAACGAGCCAUUAGUGGGACUGAUUUUGGACAACUCUGGAAAAACCUUGACGUUCUUCAACUAUGACUACAAAGGAGACUUCCAGACCGUCACCUUUGAAGGAACUGACAUCAAAAAAAUCUUCCAUGGCAGCUUCCACAAGCUCCAUGUUACUAUCAGCAAGACGUCUGUGAAGGUGGUGUUAGAUUGUUCUGUGGUUGGGGAGAAAUCCGUCAGUGCUGCUGGCAACAUUACCACUGAUGGUGUAGAGAUCCUUGGAAGGAUGGUUCGGUCCAGAGGCAGACGGGACAACUCCGCUCCGUUCCAGCUCCAGAUGUUUGACAUCAUCUGCAGCACAUCCUGGGCCAGCAGAGAUAAGUGUUGCGAGCUGCCAGCACUGAGAGUUGAGGAGCAGUGCCCCUCCAUGCCUCAUGCCUGCACAUGCUCCCAGGACAGCAAAGGACCUCCUGGACCUUCAGGACCCCCUGGCGGUCCAGGCAUAAGAGGAGCCAGAGGAGACAGAGGAGAGCCAGGAGUGACGGGACCUCAGGGACCAAUGGGAGAAAUCGGCCCAACUGGACCCUCAGGACCGCCUGGUCCUCAGGGACCCAGUGGUCUCUCCAUUCAGGGGCCCCCGGGCGCUGCCGGGGAAAAGGGAGAGAGAGGAGACAUCGGUCCAGCCGGACCAAUGGGUGUUCCUGGAAGCUCAGGCUCCCCUGGUAGAGAUGGCCCCCCAGGUACAAGGGGUCUGCCGGGUAAUUCUGGACCACAGGGACGACAAGGACCUCCUGGACCCGUUGGAGCCCCGGGAGCACCAGGAGCUCCAGGACCUGGUGGGGCAGCAGGGUCCCAAGGAGAUCAGGGACUUCCUGGUCCUGCUGGUACCAAAGGCGAUAAGGGAGAACGAGGGGAUGUGCAGUCCCAAGCGGCUGUGCGUGCCAUCGCACGGCAAGUGUGUGAACAGCUCAUCCAGAGCCACCUGUCUCGCUACAACUCCAUACUGAACCAGAUUCCCGCCCAGUCAGCGGUGUCAAUCCGAACAGUACCCGGACCACCUGGAGAGCCGGGUAGGAGAGGCCCCCCAGGACCUCAGGGAGAGCAGGGGCCAUCCGGCAGGCCAGGUUUCCCUGGUACCAGCGGCCAGAACGGACGGCCAGGAGAGAGAGGUCUGCCGGGAGAGAAGGGAGAGAGGGGGAAUCCUGGGAUUGGGAGUCAGGGACCUCGAGGACAAACGGGACCACCAGGCCCGCCAGGUGAAGGACGGACAGGCAGCCAGGGCCCCACUGGUCGGCCUGGCAGCCCGGGAGCACCGGGGAGGCCGGGAAAUCCAGGUACAUCAGGACCACCUGGUCCACCAGGAUACUGUGACCAGAACUCCUGUCUGGGAUACAACGUCGGAGUCCAACCCCUGCCCCACGGUGGAUACCAGCCCUACAAUCCGCCCUACAACCGGCCCUACAACCCUGCUGCAGAGGCUUACAACAAUGACCAAGGAGGUGAAGACGAGGAGGAAGAGGAGGAGGAGGAGGGUCCAGAAGAGCAGGACCCCUAUUACCGUGGUUACCCCCCUCGGUACUACCCCCAACAGCCCUCACAACAGGCUCAUGGCUACCAUGUUUACCGCUCGAGCCCCACCCACUCUGAGGACACGGAGGUGAGGUCGCCGGGCGUCGCCGGGAGGUUUUCACGUGACGUCAUGGAGGAGAGUGAGGAGGGAGGACUUUAGAGGAAGGAUGGACUCACCUAAAGUGCUUGAGCCCUGCACGCCACAACACACAAACUGAUAGUACACACAAAUCAGACACUGACACGCACCUACACUUGUACCCCAUCUGAAACUGUGGUGAGAGCCCCCCCUCCCUGUGUAUCCAGUGGUUUUGUCCACCUGGUGAAACAAUGUAAAUAGCUCCAUGGACUCUUGUACAAUAUCUCUGUAACAGGGGGGUCCGAAAAAGUGCCUGAUCUAUGUUAGCAUUAUCCAGUGGUAAUGUAGAGGUAAGACUUGUUCCUUCUCAUCUCACAGCUGAUUUCAGGACUUAACCCUUCUUUUUGUGUGAAGCUGCAUGUCUCCUUUGAGCCAAACAUUGAGUGUGUAACUGGACACGUGCAUCUUGUUUUGGUUGUAUGUAACUAGCUAGAUUAUUUCACACUUCAAACGGAGGAUGUUGAGCUGGCAACAUGUGUACAGGCUGCUUUUUAUAAGGAUGAACCACGAUUCCCCGACUUUAAUGCGGUCUUGAUUUCAGUGUGUAAACAAAUUUUAAAAUGUUUUUGAAGUGACAGUAUUGUGUUUUUUUUUUUAAUCAACACUUACUGGAGUUAACCCCCAAAACUGACUGUAGAAGUGUCACAUUUCUGUUAAAGGGAAACUUUUGUAUAUUUUAACAUGGAUCCUAUUUUCUGAUGUUUUGUGACUGAGUGACUGAUGGAGACAACAACUUUUGAAAUUGGUCUAGUACUGAGAGAGAGCACUGCAGCCACAGCUGUGAAAUAGGCUGCAAUGUAAUCCCUAUGGGCAAUUCUGCACCGUCAAUUUACAUCCACUAAAGUGCUUGUUUUGCCUCUGACAGGCUCAGAUUGUUAUUAGGAGUUUUACUUUUUCCCUCAGCAGCAGUUUGUUGAGUUUGAGUGGCAAGAUGAAGAAUUGUGGGAAAAAAACUGUUUAAACAUCACACGCAAGACUUCCUUUGAUCAGUUUGUGGUCGGAUGAUGAAAUAGAGGAGCAGCUGCUGCAGAAGUGUGUGAAGGCAAACUCUUUUGCCAUUUAGACCCAGCACAGGACCGCAGGGUGAAUGGUUUCCAUGGGAACACAGCAAGUUUCAUCUAAAGUAAAGUUGGAAUAUAAUGGACAACACUUAAAUUAUUUGAAUUAACAAACUGCUCAGUUUCACUUUUUCAGCAAUCUGCUCCUCUGCCACGAGAGUGAAAUGCAGCUCCAAAAAGAAAAAAAAUCUAAAAAGAUGAAUGUUUUGUAAAUGUUUUGACCUCUAGCUCACCUGGUAGUGUGUGCACUCCAUAUAGGCUGAAGCCUUUGCAGCAGCUCAGGUUUGAUCCCAGCCUGUUUGUUUGCUGCAUGUUAUAUCCCUCUUUCUCUCCCACCUUUCCUAUCAAUCCUAAACUGCGCUAUUGAUAAAGGCAAAAUGCAGCAAACAUAUUCUUUAUAGAAAAAAGUGGCAGUAAAUGCUGAUGUUGUCGUGGUGCACCACAGAUAAAUGAAUGUGUGGCAAACUCUGGAGGUGGCUUGUUGCAGGAAAAACAACAGUGGAAACAUUAGUAAGAACUGCAGAGAGGAGUGCCAGAGUUUGUUGUGUUGGAGCAGAGAAAGCGUAGCAUAAUGUUAUUUUUCUAUAAAAGAUUUUUAUGUCACGGCUAAAUAUUUAGCUGAUUUAAAAAAAUGUGGAAAAGUCUGCAAGAUUUUAGAACAAGACUCCUCCUUGGGUGAGACUUGGUCACUGUAACAAAUGUACGGGAUCAGUGAAAGGUAAGGACAAUUGCUUAAUUUCUCAGUGGGGUCUUUUCUGUAAUGUUGUCAGACACUUGUAAUAACAAUCUGUCAGCCUGUCAGUGGCAAAAACAAGCACUUGUAAUGGAUUUGACAGUGCACAGUUGCCCAUAGGGAUUACAUUGCAGCCUAUUUCACCGUUGUGACUGCAGUGGUCUCUCUCAGUACUGGACCAAUUUCCUAAACUGGUGUCUCCAUUUGUCACUAAGACACAAAAACAUGGGAAAAUAGGGUCCAGUUUAAAAAUACCUAAGUUUCCCUCCAGUUUAAUAUUACCUUAACACUGUGGAACACAAAUAUUACUUUUUUAAAUUAGAAUUUUGAUUCACAGAAAAUCUGGCUACCAUCACAUUUUGUGCUGCGACAUUUCAUUCUGUUGCUACAAAGAUGGACCAGGUGUGUUCUGAGUUUUAACACUCAGGCUCGUGGUGAGUUACGAAGACAAAUCUGUGUUGUUUGUGUCUCGUGUUGCUGCCCCAGUUUGUUUCGUUUAUUGUACUUAUGCAAAGUCGGGCCUGCUCACUGUGGAAGCUGUUUGCUCACUGGUUGACCUCUGACCUCCUGCUGGAAUGAGACCUGGAUCUAGUUAUUACUGAAAACAGUUGGCUGCCUCUCGGAGAAACCAAUAAGGACUGAACCACACAAGUGUAAACUUUACCCCCCUCCUGCGCUGCAGUCUGAAAAAACAAGCACUAAAGUAACCAAAAGUUGAGCUGUGAGCUGGCCCCGAUCUGAGGUCCAAACUUGAACAGUUUUAAUAAGGAAUGUGUCUCGCCGCCACGCCCGUUAGUACAAU